GUAAACACCUCCUCUUCCGGCUAUCUUCCAGGGUGGCGCGCCGAGUCCAGGGUCCUACGGGCAGCUUGAGUGGGGGGUUCUCAGGGAGCGGGACCGCGACGGCGGCCCCGCGGGCGGGAUGUUUCGAGAGUUAAGUAAAUGGUUUGGCCUGCAGUCACCAGGGACUGACGGCGAGACGUGGCCGGAAGACACUCCGCCCGAGCAGCGCUCCGAGACGGCGGCGCAGCCCACGGAAGAGCAGCGUCCCGAGGACCAGGAGCUCCUCCACCAGGCCAAAGGCCUCGGCAACUAUCUGUUCAACUUUGCAAGUGCUGCCACCAAAAAGAUAACUGAGUCAGUUGCUGAAACAGCUCAGACGAUAAAGAAAUCCGUAGAAGAAGGAAAAAUAGAUGACAUCAUUGACAAGACAAUUAUAGGAGACUUUCAGAAGGAACAGAAAAAAUUUGUUGAGGAACAACACACAAAGAAGUCUGAAGCAGCCGUACCCCCUUGGGUGGACAGUAACGAUGAGGAAACCAUUCAGCAACAAAUCCUGGCCUUAGCAGCUGACAAGAGGAAUUUCCUUCGUGACCCUCCAGCUGGCGUGCAGUUUCACUUUGACUUUGAUCAGAUGUACCCUGUUGCCUUGGUCAUGCUGCGAGAGGAUGAGCUGCUGAGCAAGAUGCGCUUCACCCUGGUUCCCAAGCUUGUGAAGGAGGAGGUGUUCUGGAGGAACUACUUCUACCGCGUGUCCCUCAUCAAGCAGUCAGCGCAGCUCACGGCCCUGGCCGCUCAGCAGCAGGCCUCCGGCAAGGAGGAUAAGAGCGGCAGUGUGGGUGCUGACUCGCCGCUGACAGAGGCAGUACGGCCCAAAACGCCACCUGUUGUAAUCAAAUCUCAGCUUAAAACUCAAGAGGAUGAGGAAGAAAUUUCCACAAGCCCAGGCGUUUCUGAAUUCGUCAGCGAUGCAUUCGAUGCCUGUAACUUAAAUCAGGAGGAUUUAAGGAGAGAAAUGGAACAACUUGUGCUUGACAAAAAGGAAGAGGAGACAGCCACCCUGGAAGGGGAUUCUGCCGACUGGGAGAAAGAACUGCAACAGGAGCUGCAGGAGUACGAGGUGGUCACAGAGUCGGACAAGCGGGAUGAGAACUGGGAUAAGGAAAUAGAAAAAAUGCUUCAGGAAGUAAACUAGUUGCCUACUGCAAUAAACAGAUAGCCCUUGCCGUUCUGCACGCUCCCACAGAAUCUCAGUGUUGACACUCAAUCGGAAGGCACAAAAAUUCUUUUCCUCAAGCUGAAACUUGCCUCUUCUACUUCAAAAAAAGUACAUAGAACAGUUAUUCUAAUAAUCAUGAAAGGGGUGUUUGAUGUAAUAUUUUCUUGAUAUGAAUCACAUGACAGUUCUUUUAGGCAAUAUAGAUAUUUUUGCCACAGAAACAUAGGUAAAAUUUUUAGAGUUCUGUUUUCCACAAGAUCAAACAUAUCAUUCCUUCUUCACUUACAGUUCUGUAAGCAUUUGUGUUCCUCGCUAUAUUAUUGUUGAUACAUGGAUGUUAAAGUUCUUACUGAAUAAUUACCAUCAAAAUGACCAAAUUAUACCAAAGAAUUUAAGAGGAAACACUGUCAGAACUGUUUUCUUGAUAGUUUUUUUUUUCUAAAGUCCCAUCUGAAAGCCAGAAGUUAAGAUAAUGAAGCUGACUGGAGACACCAGGUAG